GGGCAAGUUAUUAAUAUAAUUUUAAUAAAUCAAAACUCUUCUUUAGCGCAAAUGUUGCAGAUGGCGUUAAGGAGGGCCUGAUAGAAAUGUUGGGAGUUGGUUCUGUUGGGGAGGAGGAGAAAUACUUGGGGCUGCCAGCCCUCUUUGGAAGAAGUGAAAGGGAGAUUCUUGGCUAUAUGAGGGGUAGGGUUCUUAAACGAAUCCAAAAUUGGAAUAAUAGAUUUUUAUCUAAAGCAGGACAGGAGGUACUCCCGAAAACCGUGAUUCAGGGCCAUGCCAACAUUUGCUAUGAACGUCUUUCUUCUACUCGUGGAUUUAUGUCGGGAGGUAGAUGUCAUUAUGAACGGCUAUUGGUGGAACGGUAAUGGCGGCAAAGGUAUUAGAUGGAGAAGUUGGGAUUAUUUAUGUAGACCAAAAAAAUUAGGAGGUGGAUUGGGGUUUAGGAAAAUCAGGGACUUUAACAAGGCCAUGCUGGCAAAACAGGGCUGGAAGUUGUUAACAGAGCCUGAUUCUUUGGCUAGACGGAUUUUUCAAGCUCGUUACUACCCUGGGCAGUCCUACCUCACAACUUCAUUGGGCAAUAAGCCCUCUUUUAUAUGGAGGAGCCUUGUUGAAGUUCAAGAUAUUAUUCGGAAGGGGGUUAGAUGGCGGGUCGGUGAUGGGGAAUUCAUUAAUAUCUGGCGCGAUCCUUGGCUACCUGACAAAAUCAACCCUUUAAUUUUAUCAGACUGUUUUCAAGGUUUGGAGGAGGCACUGGUGGCUGGAUUACUGAACUCGAGAAGAGAUGUUUGGGAUGAGGAUAUUCUGAAGGAUUUGUUUAAUGAUAGGGAUAUUGAUCUUAUCAGAAGGAUUCCAUUGAGCAAUAGGGUGGUUCCUGAUAGAAUGAUUUGGGCAGGAGAGGAGAAUAGAUGCUUCACAGUUAGAAGUUGCUACCGGAGGAUUGUUGGAGAAAUAACUUUGGUCGAAUGGACGGGCUGGACAUCUAUGUGGCAUCUCAAUUUACCCCCUAAAAUUAAGUUUUUUUACCGGCAGGUAUGUUGUGGAUGUCUUCCAACAAUGAAUAACUUGAAGUCAAGAGGAGUUGACUGUGAGAUUCGAUGUGGCUUAUGUGGUGAGGAAGAUGAAUCCCCAUUUCAUCUUUUUUUCAAAUGUACGGUAGCUAGAACGGCGUGGGGUGCAGCUAGUUGGACGAAGGCGGGUCAAUCAGCCCAUAACUUUUUAGAUUGGCUUGAAUGUGUGAGCAGAGUGCUUAAGCCGGAGGAAAUGGAGAUUAUCGUUUCUGGGUGUUGGGGCUUGUGGAAUGAAAGGAACCAAAGAGUCUGGUGCAGGGUUCAGACGGAUGGAUCGCAAGUGAUGCAGAAAACCCGAAUUUAUCUGCAGAUUAUCUGUAGGUCUGGAAGCAUAUCUGGCGAGGUUAUCUGCAAGUGGCAGCGACCGGUUGAAGGGCAGAGGAAGAUCAAUGUUGAUGCUUCGAUCGGAGGAGAGAGCUGCGGUUUUGGCUGGGUUGUUCGCGACUGCUCUGGCUCUUUUGUUGCAGGAGGAAGCAUAAUACGAAGGGGUCAGUUGUCUCCGUAUGAAGCUGAGCUGAUGGGCUUAAGGGAGGUUCUCAGUUGGCUAAAGGAACAACAAUGGGAUUUCAUUGAUGUGGAAUCUGAUUCCCUUUUAGCUAUCAUUGAAAUUCGAAAUGGUUCCGGGUCUUCCUAUUCGAGUGUUCUGGCAGAAGAUAUAAGAGACUUGAUGGCUAACUUUGUUAGUACUCCCUCCGUUCCCCUACUAUUGGUACGGAAGGGAGUGGUGUUGUUUUUAAGAAAAGUAGAAUUAUGUGGUUGGUAAUAAGUUGAUAAAGUGGAAAUAAAGUAAGGAUGAAUUAGAGCCACACAAAUGUUACCAAAUAUAGAAUGAGACAAUAAUAAAGGGACAUCCAAAAAUGAAAAAUGGGACAAUUAUAGGGGGGCAAAGGGAGUAUUAUUUAUUCUCAUGUUAGACGUUCAGCAAACCGGGUGGUUCAUGCCAUGGCAAGGGCAGCGGGUUCUUGGUCUGAAAGUCGAGUUUGUUUUUCUGUUCCCUCACUUUUUUUACGGAUGUAUUGAAUAAUGAUUUGAUUAAUAGCAAUUGAUUUUAUUCUAUCCAAAAAAGCUAAAAAUGCUUUGAAGUGAUGUAAUUUUCAAAAUGAAAUUCGUUACCAC